AUGCCGUUACCUCCGACCCUCCCUCGUAAAGUAUCAUCAGCCUCCUCGUCCCAACCACCACAACCAACACCACCAACACCACCAAAGACAAAUCCAGGGAUGAUGUUAGCUGAAUCUUCAUUACCUUCAUCGGUUGGUAAUCAUCAUGUACAUUCAUCAUCGGAGUUGGGAAAUACCUCAUUAACAGCAUCAUCAUCAGCAACGAAUAGUACUGCUCAUCAUUCUACUUCCACGGUUUCUAAUUGUGUGAGUAAUACUCUCCUCCAACCCCCUCAUCAUGAUUCGGGAAUGGUUAUAUCUUCUACAUGGAUGCAGGAGCAACAACAAAAUUCCAAACCCUUGCUCGUCGUGAACCGAUCUAACAUUCAUAAAUCGACUAGUUCUAUUACAUUACCUUCACCGAGCUUUACAACCACCACUGAUUCGUCAAAGGACAAUUUGGCAAAAGAAGAAUCUAAUUCUUCCUUCUCAGAUGUUCAUUCCAAAACCCACCAUCAUCACAGCACCGAUUCUUUAAAAAUCAAUAACAAUGCGCAUCAUUUAACGAAUAAUUUAUUAUUAACAAAUCAACCAGCACUGCCAUCCAGUAUGGAGACUGUAAAAACCACAUUGUCGUCAACCAACAAUGCCAAUUCAAGAAAUCUUCCUCCAAUACCCAACACUUCAUUACAUUCUCAACUUAAACAACAACCAUCCAGCCAAUCACAGCAGAUUGUCAACACAACGUCUGAAGACACAAACAAACGAAGACCGUCGGUGAGGCCAUUACCUUCCACUGUGACAAGAACAACAAAUUCUGCUACUCCAACCAUCCCCACUUUUCAAAAUUCUGCACUCCAAACCAAUUUUGCGUCAAAUAACGUGCAUAAGACAAAUCCAACAUCUGUUAACAAACCAUCCACAAUAAUUCCCCCUCUUUUUCAGCCCUACGGAGUGAACAACAUUACAACCCAAAACAUUUUUGCCGGUGAUUCGUUGUCCCAAGUUGGAAGCGACAUCACAAAACCAUCUAGUUCAACAGUUUCAUCCAAAAAUCCAACACCUACCCAUCAAUCAUCCCCAACUAUUUAUUCGAAUAGAAAUGUUGUGCAAAAUUCAUUUUCUCCUGCUAGCAAUCCGAACACAGUCAAGCUGUCACCAAAACAAAGCAAUGACGAACAAAAUAUUGCCAAACUUCCCACUAAAUCUCUUCCUUCUACUCCAACUAACAGGAGUAUAAAUGACACCAAAGACGAUAAUAGAUAUUCCACACCUCCCUCUUCCUCUACUUCUUUCAAGAAGCCUUCUUCCAACAGCCCAAGAAAACAUCACAGAAAAGCGACUACUUUCACAUCGUCUCCACUUUUGUCAUCCAAUGGUGAUAUCAACACGGAAAGUUCAAACACAGACAAUACUAAUAAUUCCCCAAAUAUUGGAGGUGACGCUCAAGAAGCCCUUGCCAUUGAAAAAUUUUUAAGAAAUUAUAUUUUCGAUAUUGUUGGAGACACUAAAUUUACUUCUCUGGCAAGUGUGAUCAAAUGGAUGACUCUCGAAACAUUUUACGAAGUUCUCACCAGUUGGUGCGUUAUUAAUUUAAACUCUAAGAGAGCAUUCACAAAGCAAAAUAGAUUUUUCAUUAUUGAAGAGCUCAACCGGCAUCGUAAUGAAGUAUAUUGCCAUUUAGAAAAUAGAAAAAAUUGUUCAAUUCUCUAUCAUAGUAUUAAGAAAAAUUUGGAAAUAAUUAUGCAGCAAUUGAAUACUGGUUCUGACACUAUCUCUACAUCUAUUAAAAAAGAUAUGGUCCAAGUGAUAUUUUCCCUUAUGAAGAUUGAUGAAUUGACUGCACAAAAUACGGAAAUGAAAAUAUCAAUUCAGUCCUCAGCAAACGUACUAUCCGAAAUGACAACAAACGCCAUUUCAAACCAAUCAAAACAAGAAUCCUCUUCGAAAUUGAAUACUCCUUUAAUUUUUGAAGAUGACUCAGAGAUUGUUAAUGAGCAUUUACAAAAACCUCCACAGAAGCUUAUGUUAUCUGAAAAACUGAGCUCUGUCAUGGAAACUUUUGAAAAGAAGAAAGAAAACAUUGAAACGAAAAUUGUGGAUAAAACAGAGAAGGUAGUGACAACGUUAGGCUCUUCCCUUCGUGCAACUAUUGAAGUCGGACAGGAUAAGCUAAAAUCCUUCGUCGAAACAGCCAACAGCCUAAAAGAACAAACAAAAAUGUCAAGUACAAAACCAGAAAAAAUCAAGAUCGUGGACAAAUCCUUUCGUAGAGAAAAAGUUCUUUCUGGAUAUUUCUCUGCUGUUGGAACGAGCUCUAACGAACACGCUCCUAAAGUGAUUCCUCCACCAAGAAGAAAGAAGAAUGUUGUUACGGCUGAGUUUGCCAAACAUAGCUUCUUACUGGAAUUCGCUGACAACUUUAUAUCAUUGCCUGUAUAUAAACCUCCUAGAAAAGAAGAAAAAAUUGAAGUUCAAGGAGAAACACCAAGAACAUCCAAUAACGGAAGCAUUGACUUUGAUAAUGACGGUAUCAACCAAAAAGUUAUUUCCAAAAUUAAUGUUAUUGACAUGCUAUCGAAAAAGUUCAAAAAUACUUUACUGUAUUCCACAGUUUCUACUACAGCCAUCAGUAGUUUGGCGAAUAGUUUGACAACAAUUGAUAUAAGUCAGAACAAAAUGACUGAUUGCAUCAAUCAAUUUUGCGAUGAAAUUUUGAACGAAAUUACAAAGAGUUUAUCUACAACACAGCAGAAAGAUAUCCUCAACAAACAUUUGAAGUUGAUGGAUCCAAAAUUUCAGAAAAAGUUUAAGCUUUUACGAUCAUUCAUUACAUUCUUGUGUAGAAACAAGACUUUCAGCACAGCACCUGUCUCUAAUAAGAAAUCCAAAGAUCAAGAAAAUUUGAUAUUUAACGGACAGGAAGCAGUGACUAUUUUAUCCAAUGUUAUUGUUAAAAAGGUAGUGAAAUCGAGACGAAAAACGAUCAUCAACGAGGGAGAUCAAGUUACUAGAGAAUCAUUGGCUGCAUCUAUUACUGGAAUUGAACCAGAAGCAGUCAGAAAUCAAGCUAUGAACUUUUUGCAAGAAUUUUUGGACGAUGAUAUUAUCAAGCAAACCUUUCCAAGAAUGAAAAACAAGACAGCUCAAAUUCGUGACGACCCAACUUACAUGUAUGCAUUUUGUGAAGAUCAUAUGUUAUACAAUUUGGUUAAUCAAGAAAGAGAGAUGGAGGACCAGCUUGAAGAGACAGAGGACGAGAUUAAUACAUUGCUAGAGCUUAUCACAGCUCCGUUUCCGCCAUUACUACCAUCUUCAACUCAAUCCAUUACACCCACUCAAACCUAUGUUCUCUUCAAGUAUAGACGUAUUCUAUGUAAGGAGCCAAAAUUCUUGCUAUUGUUAUUGCGCUCAGUUAAUUGGAAAGGUGAUUACAAAACGGGAGAAGAAAUACUGGAGCUGAUUAUUAAGCAUCUUAAGGACACUCCUAUUAACCAAUUUUCCCCACUACACAAAGUGACAACAGUUCACGUACUAUUUUUAAUGUACGAAACAAUCAUUUCCUCAAAGGUAGAUUUAGAGAGCGUACAAAUUUUUGCAACCGAGAUUCUGAAACGCAGAUCACUAACUGAAAUUGAACUAUUCUUGCCUCAGUUAUUUUACAGCUUGGGCUCAACGAAGUUUAACAAAUACUUGUCAGAAUUCUUGUUAGAGGCAUGUGAGAAAUCUGACUAUGUGUUUAACAAAUUGAACUGGAUGCUGACCAGUAUGUUGAACUCGAGCACAAUUUUCAGCACUGAAAAGACCUUAAAUAUCAAAGCCAACCAAGUCUACAAGCAAUUACAUUUCAAAAUGAUUCAGAAAUGUAAUAGCUCCUCCGAGGGAAAGUACAAUUUAAAUCAAUUUAUUAGACAACAAAAGUUAGUAGACAACAUGUUGGUUAUUGGAGAAUAUAUCAAAUUCCGUCUCGGAAAAGAACUUGGAGUACCAAGACCUCAAAAGAUACAACAUUUGAAGUCGCUUUUGGCUGCUCAAAAGUUGCCAUACCUGCUGAAUUUGCACAAUAUAUCGAUGAGCAAUAUUGAAGAAUUUAUUGCCAACUGCCAAUCUUCAGAUACAAUACAAGUGGACAAGCCAAUAUCUCCUCAGCUUCUCAAAGAAAUGCAAGAUGUUGCUAAAUUUGUAUCUGAAGACUCCAAGCUAAAAUUCAUAGAUUUUCUUGUUGAAAAAGAAAAAGAUUUUCAUGAAUGGAACAAUGAAGUGUUUCCGAUUGAUACUGUACCAUGUUUAGCGAUUGAAGAACACUUUUCUAACAUCAACGAGGCCAUCCAAAUCUCAGGAUUUGUUCCUGAUGACGGAUACAUUUUUAAAUCUGCGCAAGAGCCAGUGUGCUUUCCUUUCUCACUUCGAACCCUCUCGAAUGAAAAUGCUGCUGAAUUUAAACUAAUUUUUAAGCAGGGAGACGAUUUACGACAGGACGAGUAUAUUUUGAACCUAUUCUCACUCAUGAACAGAAUUCUAAAACAAAAUGGAAUCAAUUUAGAAAUUAUAACAUAUCACUGUGUUUCAACAAGUCAGAGUCCAACGAACUCUGGAUUUGUGGAGAUGGUAAGCCAAUCCAAUGCAGUGAGCGCUGUUUUGGCCAAGUACAAGACAAUCUUCAACUUUUUGCGAGAUACAUCCUUGAAAAAACAAAAACCUCAAGAAUCAUCCUCGAACCAGGGCGCGAAUUCUGUAGAUUUUUACACAUUCCUCGAGAAACCAGAUGAUUCUGAGACACAAUUAAUAGAAUAUCAUCCAAGUCCUGUGGGUGAUGUUAACACGUUAUUGUUCGAUGAAAAAGUUCACAGAUAUAUUCGUAGUUUAGCUGGAUACAGCAUUCUUACCUACCUUCUCGCCAUUGGAGACAGACAUUUGGAUAACUUGUUAUUGAAAGAGAGCGGCGAAUUAUUUCACAUUGAUUUCGGUUUCGUUCUUGGAGAAGAUCCAAAACCUUAUCUUGGAACACCACCCAUGCGUAUUUCUCGAGAAAUGGUUGCUGAUUUUUCAGAUGAACAUUUAUCUGCUUUCAGAAUGUAUUGCUGUCAGACCUUUAAAGUUUUGAGAAAAUAUGCAUCCUUAAUCAUUUUCAUGCUUUUAUGGAUUUCUACUACCAACAUGACCAUUAAGGAACAAGGAAGUAUUACAAGAAUUGAUAAAUUAGGUCUCACAGUUGGAACUGGAAAUAACGUACCACAUGUCAUUCACAAUCCUCUCAAACAAUUUAAUUUGAAAAACGUGACCACCAUCCAAAACAAUUUUCGAUUGGAUCUACACGAAGAUGAACUCGACGAUUUCGUCUGCAAACUCAUCGAUCAAAGUCUAAACAUGCUUGGUCCAAAGGUAAACGAAGAAAUUCACAAAAUUGCCAUGAAAUUGAGAGAAUAA